UCCGUGCAUCCUCCGGCAGCGCAUGCAGGCAGCACGCACUUGUCAUUCAGAGGUGGGGUCAGGUUGGCUCCGUCUUCUAUAUUUAACUCCAGAAACAGCGAGAACCGCGCAGUCUGCUUCUCUCUCUCUCUCACCCGUCCGUCCGGGGCCGCCUUUUACGCACUCGCGUCCAGCCUUUCACUUCUACCGGACAGGAGGAAACUUGACAGGUAGAGCGGAGGCGUGCAGCUGCCUCUAGCUUCAGAUGCCAUGGAAGGGCUGUAUUUUGAAGUGAAGCCAAGAAGACACGGAGGUCGUAGUCCCGAGAGCUCUGACAAACCUCACUCCAGUCUAACCCCGAACCCCCGCUCCUGUCCGUCCCUUCCACGUUUGACCUCGUCCCCUCACAGUCCCCCGAAAUGCAUAGAGAGGUGCGCAACAUGGAGGGGGCCGUUGGGCGAGGAGGUUGAGGAGGAGAUGAGCUACAAACUGACGAUGAUUGGUUUCCAACCAGUCCACCAGAUGACCACCAUGGCCAUGUUGCCCUGGGUGGUGGCUGAAACCUGCAGGUGUGCAGAGAAGGACCAAGGUGCCGGGCUUCACCGUGAUGGGGGCCAGAAGAAUCCCACUAAUGGCAACCAAGCGAUUGUCCUAUACAUCUCGGCCUCUUGGGUACGGUGUGUGUCCGCUCCGGGAGAGCGGCAUCUCUGGGACCCUUUGACGCAUACGGUUCUGUUUGAAUGUCGUCCUCACCAAGUGACCAAGCUGAUCCACAACAGCCAAGAGCCCAGCAUUUUUGGCUGUCUGGUGAGAGAUGCAUCAAAGUGUGCCUGCUACGUCUUCAAGUGCCAGGACAGUACCAAGGUCCCUGAGAUCAUCAGUACGCUAAGACAGGCUGGGAAAAGCUCUGCACGCAGCAAUGACAUCACCACUUUUCCCAACAAGACUUCCACUGCUCUUGGAGGCGGCGAUUCCUCUGAAACAAGUGACCCCUGUCUCUCCACUACAGCAAACCCCACAGCUCUCACUUCUGUCGUCACUCCGACAACCUUUGCCAAAAAGUUUGAGGUCCUGUUUUGCGGCCGAGUCAGCGUCGCCCACAAGAAAGCUCCACCCGCCCUGAUAGAUGAGUGCAUCCAGAAGUUCAGUCAGCUGCACGGCUCGGGGACGGCUGAUAAAGGAGGAAAUGGCGGGGGAUUGGUGGUCGGGCUGAGGAGGGCAUUAAACUUCCAAUCCAAUGGACUGGGGAGUACUUUAGUUGGUAAUGGUGCGGCGGGGACCGUUGCCGCUGGGACACGCCCGUCUCUGUCCAAGCGAAAUACCAGCUUCCCCAGUCUGCAUGGCCUGGAUGAGAAUGGGCUUUCACCAGAAAUUUCUAAUGCUAACACUACAGAUCCACUGGCCCGCUCCACAAAAGUCCAGCCCACCAGCCUGCAGGAAAACAGGACCAUGCUGUUUACGGUGGGCAGGUCUCAGAUCUUCCUGGUUAGUCCCGACACUAAGAAAGUUGCCAUAGAGAAGAGUUUCAAAGAAAUCUCCUUCUGCUCACAGGGUAUUCGUCAUGUUGAUCACUUCGGCUUCAUUUGCAGAGAAACAGAUGAAGGGGGCAACUGCCACUUUGUGUGCUACAUCUUCCAGUGCACUGAUGAAUCACUGGUGGAUGAGAUCAUGCUGACUUUGAAGCAGGCGUUCUCGACGGCAGCCUUGCAGCAGAAUGCCAAAACUCAGAGCCAGCAGUGUGACAGCUGCCCCAUGCAGCAGCUCCACAGGCUGUGUGAGAGAAUAGAAGGUGUGCACCCAUCUAAAACAAAACUGGAGCUUCAGAAACACUUGGCCACUUUGGACAACCAGGAGCAAGCUUCAGUCUUUGAAAACACUAUGCGAGCUCGCCCUAAGAGCGAUCAGGAAGAAAAUGAGUUAGUGAUUGCUUCUCUGCGGGGUCUGUAUGAGGAGAAACAGAAGAACCACCAGCACACUCUGCCUGGAGAUGGCAAACAGUUGUGUGAGGAUGCAGCUCCAGCAGCUCAGGAGGCUCAGCAGCAGAGCAGCAGCCGUCAGCGACUGGAGCAGUUCAAGAGUCGAGCCAAACGCUCUCUCACUGAAUCGUUGGAGGGCAUCUGGAAGGGAAGCAGCAAGAGUAGACUUCAGACGGACAACAGUGAGGAAACUGAGAGUAGCUCUUCCACUUGUACCGUCAGCAGCAGCAGCCAGUACCAGCCCUGUCUCGACGACCCCUUGCCUGCUUCUUCUGCUCUGCAGCCCACCAGCCCACUCAGAUGCCACAACUCCACAGGGGACCUGAAGCGCCUUGACGCCUCUGUUUCCCUUUCACCCUCGUCCCCCUCUUCGACCCCCGAUGCCGAGCCUCGGAGCUUCCGCCGGCGGGCCAGCACCUUCAGUCAUUCCCCCUCCCCUUCCUCAGUCUUCGAGUACUCCCCGCUGCACAAAUUUACCAGCGUGGCACAGGACCCGAGUGCAGCCAGCAAACCCAAGCUUGUACGACACUACUCCGUCAGCACAGAUUCCCCUCACCAGAGCAAAAAUGUCCCAACCGACUCUACCCUUCCUCCUCUUCCCCCCUGCACUUCAUCUCACUCUCCUCUCCUCCUCCAUCAUCCUCCUUCUUCACCCUCUUCUGGAGCCAGGUUCAAUAAAAGAAGUCCUCUGGGUGGUCUCCGUGCCCGUCUGCACUCCUCCUCCUCUGUCCCUAAUUUUCUGAAAUUUCCAUUUCUGGCUCCUGUCCGAGAGAAUGAUUGUCCCGAUCCAAAGAGCAGUGACGUAGCAGCACUCUCUACACCAGGAGCAGCGUCUGUGGUCGGAGAAAGCCCUCUGCGCAGCCACCGACACUCAUGGAGGCAACAGAUAUUCCUGCGCGUCGCUACACCUCAGAAAGGCACAGACACCAGCGAGCGGGUGGAUCCCUGUCUAGAGGCCGGGCGAAUGUGUGUGAACCAGGUGGGGGGUUCAGGAAGUGGGGACGCCUCGAUGAGAGCGGUGCCAGAGGAGGGGCCAAAGAGGAGCAGAGAGGAGCUGAGGGAGCUGUGGAGGAAGGCCAUCCUGCAGCAGAUCCUGUUACAGAGGAUGGAGAGGGAGAACCAGAAACUACAAGCCUCAGAGAGCGAUCUGCAGAACCGGCGUCUGAAGUUGGACUACGAGGAAAUCACGCCGUGUCUGAAGGAGGUGACAUUGGUCUGGGAGAAAAUGCUGAGCACUCCUGGAAGAACAAAGGUCAAAUUUGACGCUGAGACGAUACACGCUGCAGUUACACAAGGUGUCCCGAGGCAGCACCGAGGAGAGAUAUGGAAGUUCCUCUCUGAGCAGUACCUGCUCAGGCAGACGGUCCCUGCUCGACCUCCCCCCAAUAUCAUGCCGUACAAAGAGCUGCUGAAACAGCUCACUUCGCAGCAGCACGCCAUCCUCAUAGACCUGGGUCGCACUUUUCCCACCCAUCCGUAUUUCCAAGCUCAGCUGGGAGCAGGACAGUUGUCUCUGUAUAAUAUACUGAAAGCCUACUCACUGCUGGACCCUGAGGUGGGAUACUGCCAAGGCCUCUCCUUCAUCGCUGGUGUGCUGCUUCUACACAUGGGGGAAGAGGAUGCCUUCAACAUGCUCAAAUUUCUCAUGUAUGAUGUUGGGCUUCGUAAACAGUACAGGCCCGAUAUGAUCAUUUUGCAGAUUCAGAUGUACCAACUGUCACGGCUGCUUCAUGACUAUCACAGGGACCUGCACGGCCACCUGGAGCAGCAGGAGAUCGGGCCCAGCCUCUACGCCACACCCUGGUUCCUCACUUUAUUUGCCUCUCACUUCCCCCUUGGCUUUGUGGCGCGUGUCUUUGAUAUGUUGUUCCUCCAGGGCUCAGAGGUCAUCUUCAAGGUCGCCUUGAGCCUCCUGGGGAGCCACAAGCCUCUGAUCCUGCAGCACGACAGCCUGGAGUCCAUCGUGGACUUCAUCAAGACGACACUGCCCAACCUGGGCCUGGUGCAGAUGGAGAAAACCAUCAACCAGGUUUGUGAGAUGGACGUAUCCAAGCAGCUCCAGGCCUAUGAGGUGGAGUAUCACGUGUUGCAGGACGAGCUCCUGGACACGCCUCCGACCCUCAACCAGCAACAGCGAGCUGCACAGCUGGAGAGGACCAAUCAGAGCCUCCGGCAGCAGAACCUGGAUCUGCUGGAGGAGCUGCAGGUGUCCCACGCACGAAUCUGCAGUCUCGAGAGUCGAGUGGAGGCUUUGGCCCAGUCGGAGGGCCGGCUGAAGGAGCAGGUUUCCGCACUCGAGGAGGAGAAGCAGCAGCUGGUGGGCACCGUCGACCGUCUCCAGAACCUCGUCACCGGCCUGGGUUUACACGCCGGCGCCGGCGAACCCACACUCCCCUCGCUCCCUGGCCUCGCAGCAUCGGCUCUGGACGGCAGAACAGCGGACUCUGUUCACCAUCCUCUCGUACUACCAUAGUAACAGCAUCCAUAAACUGGUGGAAAUGGCCAAAAAUAAAUAAAAAAGCCAGUAAUGAAAAGCCCAGGAGGUGAAGAUUAAGUCCCGAACCCUCACACCUCCACAAUAUUUUAUUGAAAAGUGGACACAGAGUGAGCUGUUGGACCUAAAACAAAGGGAAGCGUGGAAAUAGAGCAAGAACGUGGUUGAGGUUGAAGGAAAAAGCUAAAAAUACAGGGUAGCACUCUCUGCUUUCACCCUUUUAUAUAAGUAAACAUGUGAUUUGACAAACAAUCCCCGAAGUUAGCACUGUCCCUCUGGGCCUCGGCUGUUUAAAAACAAAACCGAGCAGUUAGGUUUGCUAUAACUAUACUCGUACGUUUGCGUCCCAGCGAGCGCUCGUGUGUUUGACCCGUGGGUUUGUUUAUUGGUGUCGGAUGCAACAAAGGCUAAAGUGGCCAAAGAAUGUCCUCGCACUUAAACUCAAAGAACAAAGACUCGGCUGCACAGUAUUCAGAUGAUCACUGUUACAGGAAACCAUCCACAAAUCUGCAUCCCAAAGACAAAGUCUGACAAAGACAAAGAAAGUGAGACGAAGGCAUGGCUGGAAAAAGAAACGUCAUGAUUAAGUGUUCUUUUUUUUUGUUUGUUUUGUUUAUCUAUUAUCAAAGUUGAAUUAGCCAAACGAUGUUGGGGGCUUUGGAUGUUGGUACUCCUGUGAGAGGUCGGAAGGGUGAGGAGGGGAAUUAUUUCUGAUUCCUCCCCCGCGUUUCUAGUUUCCUGACCCCAACGUGCAUCUUAAGUUCAUUUAACUACUGCAGCUUACAGGAAGAGUAACACAAUAAAUCCAGACCAUUUCACAUCCUGUUUUUUCACCUUUGAGUACACAUUGAUUCAUCCGUGUAGACCAGAACUUUAGAAACGGUGCCUCUUCCUUUCCAGGAAGAGGAAGUACAAAGUUUUACAAAUCAGCUAAUUUAAAUUAUUGCGCAAAAAAAAAAAAAAAGACGCUCAGGUCUGAUACCUGUGCUGUUGAGACAAUCUUGUCACCUGAAAGUCAUUUACUGUAUUCAACACACUGAAUUCCUUGGAUCCGAGCUUCAGCUCGGCGCGUGUGUUCGAGUGUCUGAAUGUUACCGUGUCCGUGUUUCUCGUGCACUCCGCUGAUUGUAACGAACCUGUUGGGUUGCACUGUAAAGACUUUGACUUUUACCCAUGACUCUCUUUGCACAUGUUUUUUCUGUUUUAUUGAUUUAUUAUUGCCUUUACUUUAUUCUGUACUUCAAAAUACAAUUCCUAUUCUUUCAGCA